CGCUGUCCCGAGCUGGCCGGCGAGCGGGCGGCUGCGGGCGGCGCGGAGCGAGCGAGAGAGCGGCGCGGGCCGGGCCAUGGGGUGGCGGGCGGCGGGCGCGCUGCUGCUGGCGCUGCUGCUGCACGGGCGGCUGCUGGCGGUGACCCAUGGGCUGAGGGCAUACGAUGGCUUGUCUCUGCCUGAGGACAUAGAGACCGUCACAGCAAGCCAAAUGCGCUGGACACAUUCGUACCUUUCUGAUGAUGAGGACAUGCUGGCUGACAGCAUCUCAGGAGACGACCUGGGCAGUGGGGACCUGGGCAGCGGGGACUUCCAGAUGGUUUAUUUCCGAGCCCUGGUGAAUUUCACUCGCUCCAUCGAGUACAGCCCUCAGCUGGAGGAUGCAGGCUCCAGAGAGUUCCGAGAGGUGUCCGAGGCUGUGGUAGACACGCUGGAGUCGGAGUACUUGAAAAUUCCCGGAGACCAGGUUGUCAGUGUGGUGUUCAUCAAGGAGCUGGAUGGCUGGGUUUUUGUGGAGCUGGAUGUGGGCUCGGAAGGGAAUGCGGAUGGGGCUCAGAUUCAGGAGGUGCUGCUCAGGGUCAUCUCCAGCGGCUCCAUGGCCUCCUACAUCACCUCUCCCCAGGGAUUCCAGUUCCGACGCCUGGGCACAGCACAGACCCCCCCACCCCCGCCGGCCGCUGUGGCGGUCGCAGUGACACCAGUGCCCCAGUUCCCAAGAGCCUGCACAGAGGCCGAGUUUGCCUGCCACAGCUACAAUGAGUGUGUGGCCCUGGAGUAUCGCUGUGACCGGCGGCCCGACUGCAGGGACAUGUCUGAUGAGCUCAAUUGUGAGGAGCCAGUCCUGGGCAUCAGCCCCACAUUCUCUCUCCUCGUGGAGACGACACCUUUACCGCCCCAGCCAGAGACAACCAUCAUGCGACAGCCACCAGUCACCCACGCUCCUCAGCCCCUGCUUCCCGGUUCCGUCAGGCCCCUGCCCUGUGGGCCCCAGGAGGCCGCAUGCCGCAGUGGGCACUGCAUCCGCAGAGACUACCUCUGCGACGGACAGGAGGACUGCGAGGACGGCAGCGAUGAGCUAGACUGUGGCCCCCCGCCACCCUGUGAGCCCAACGAGUUCCCCUGCGGGAAUGGACAUUGUGCCCUCAAGCUGUGGCGCUGCGAUGGUGACUUUGACUGUGAGGACCGAACUGAUGAAGCCAACUGCCCCACCAAGCGUCCUGAGGAAGUGUGCGGGCCCACACAGUUCCGAUGCGUCUCUACCAACAUGUGCAUCCCAGCCAGCUUCCACUGUGACGAGGAGAGUGACUGUCCUGACCGGAGUGACGAGUUUGGCUGCAUGCCCCCCCAGGUGGUGACACCUCCCCGGGAGUCCAUCCAGGCUUCCCGGGGCCAGACAGUGACCUUCACCUGCGUGGCCAUUGGCGUCCCCACCCCCAUCAUCAAUUGGAGGCUCAACUGGGGCCACAUCCCCUCUCAUCCCAGGGUGACAGUGACCAGCGAGGGUGGCCGUGGCACACUGAUCAUCCGUGAUGUGAAGGAGUCAGACCAGGGUGCCUACACCUGUGAGGCCAUGAACGCCCGGGGCAUGGUGUUUGGCAUUCCUGACGGUGUCCUUGAGCUCGUCCCACAACGAGCAGGCCCCUGCCCUGACGGCCACUUCUACCUGGAGCACAGCGCCGCCUGCCUGCCCUGCUUCUGCUUUGGCAUCACCAGCGUGUGCCAGAGCACCCGCCGCUUCCGGGACCAGAUCAGGCUGCGCUUUGACCAACCCGAUGACUUCAAGGGCGUGAAUGUGACAAUGCCUGCGCAGCCCGGCAUGCCACCCCUCUCCUCCACGCAGCUGCAGAUCGACCCAUCCCUGCACGAGUUCCAGCUAGUCGACCUGUCCCGCCGCUUCCUCGUCCACGACUCCUUCUGGGCUCUGCCUGAACAGUUCCUGGGCAACAAGGUGGACUCCUAUGGCGGCUCCCUGCGUUACAACGUGCGCUACGAGUUGGCCCGUGGCAUGCUGGAGCCAGUGCAGCGGCCGGACGUGGUCCUCGUGGGUGCCGGGUACCGCCUCCUCUCCCGAGGCCACACACCCACCCAACCUGGUGCUCUGAACCAGCGCCAGGUCCAGUUCUCUGAGGAGCACUGGGUCCAUGAGUCUGGCCGGCCAGUGCAGCGCGUGGAGCUGCUGCAGGUGCUGCAGAGCCUGGAGGCCGUGCUCAUCCAGACCGUGUACAACACCAAGAUGGCCAGUGUGGGACUUAGCGACAUCGCCAUGGAUACCACCGUCACCCAUGCCACCAGCCAUGGCCGUGCCCACAGUGUGGAGGAGUGCAGAUGCCCCAUUGGCUAUUCUGGCUUGUCCUGCGAGAGCUGUGAUGCCCACUUCACUCGGGUGCCUGGUGGGCCCUACCUGGGCACCUGCUCUGGUUGCAAUUGCAAUGGCCAUGCCAGCUCCUGUGACCCUGUGUAUGGCCACUGCCUGAAUUGCCAGCACAACACAGAGGGGCCACAGUGCAACAAGUGCAAGGCUGGCUUCUUUGGGGACGCCAUGAAGGCCACGGCCACUGCCUGCCGGCCCUGCCCUUGCCCAUACAUCGAUGCCUCCCGCAGAUUCUCAGACACUUGCUUCCUGGACACGGAUGGCCAAGCCACAUGUGACGCCUGUGCCCCAGGCUACACUGGCCGCCGCUGUGAGAGCUGUGCCCCCGGAUACGAGGGCAACCCCAUCCAGCCCGGCGGGAAGUGCAGGCCCGUCAACCAGGAGAUUGUGCGCUGUGACGAGCGUGGCAGCAUGGGGACCUCCGGGGAGGCCUGCCGCUGUAAGAACAAUGUGGUGGGGCGCUUGUGCAAUGAAUGUGCUGACGGCUCUUUCCACCUGAGUACCCGAAACCCCGAUGGCUGCCUCAAGUGCUUCUGCAUGGGUGUCAGUCGCCACUGCACCAGCUCUUCAUGGAGCCGUGCCCAGGUGCAUGGGGCCUCUGAGGAGCCUGGUCACUUCAGCCUGACCAACGCCGCAAGCACCCACACCACCAACGAGGGCAUCUUCUCCCCCACGCCCGGGGAACUGGGAUUCUCCUCCUUCCACAGACUCUUAUCUGGACCCUACUUCUGGAGCCUCCCUUCACGCUUCCUGGGGGACAAGGUGACCUCCUAUGGAGGAGAGCUGCGCUUCACAGUGACCCAGCGGUCCCAGCCGGGCUCCACACCCCUGCACGGGCAGCCGUUGGUGGUGCUGCAAGGUAACAACAUCAUCCUAGAGCACCAUGUGGCCCAGGAGCCCAGCCCCGGCCAGCCCAGCACCUUCACUGUGCCUUUCCGGGAGCAAGCAUGGCAGCGGCCCGAUGGGCAGCCAGCCACACGGGAGCACCUGCUGAUGGCACUGGCAGGCAUCGACACCCUCCUGAUCCGAGCAUCCUACGCCCAGCAGCCCGCUGAGAGCAGGGUCUCUGGCAUCAGCAUGGACGUGGCUGUGCCCGAGGAAACCGGCCAGGACCCUGCGCUGGAAGUGGAACAGUGCUCCUGCCCACCCGGGUACCGUGGGCCGUCCUGCCAGGACUGUGACACAGGCUACACACGCACGCCCAGUGGCCUCUACCUGGGUACCUGCGAACGCUGCAGCUGCCAUGGCCACUCAGAGGCCUGCGAGCCCGAAACAGGUGCCUGCCAGGACUGCCAGCAUCACACAGAGGGCCCUCGGUGUGAGCAGUGCCAGCCAGGAUACUACGGGGACGCCCAGCGGGGGACACCACAGGACUGCCAGCUGUGCCCCUGCUACGGAGACCCUGCUGCCGGCCAGGCUGCCCACACUUGUUUUCUGGACACAGACGGCCACCCCACCUGUGAUGCGUGCUCCCCAGGCCACAGUGGGCGUCACUGUGAGAGGUGCGCCCCUGGCUACUAUGGCAACCCCAGCCAGGGCCAGCCAUGCCAGAGAGACAGCCAGGUGCCAGGGCCCAUAGGCUGCAACUGUGACCCCCAAGGCAGCGUCAGCAGCCAGUGUGAUGCUGCUGGUCAGUGCCAGUGCAAGGCCCAGGUGGAAGGCCUCACUUGCAGCCACUGUCGGCCCCACCACUUCCACCUGAGUGCCAGCAACCCAGACGGCUGCCUGCCCUGCUUCUGUAUGGGCAUCACCCAGCAGUGCGCCAGCUCCACCUACACACGCCACCUGAUCUCCACCCACUUUGCCCCUGGGGACUUCCAAGGCUUUGCCCUGGUGAACCCACAGCGAAACAGCCGCCUGACAGGAGAAUUCACUGUGAAGCCCGUGCCCGAGGGUGCCCAGCUCUCUUUUGGCAACUUUGCCCAACUCGGCCAUGAGUCCUUCUACUGGCAGCUGCCGGAGACAUACCAGGGAGACAAGGUGGCGGCCUACGGUGGGAAGUUGCGAUACACCCUCUCCUACACAGCAGGCCCACAGGGCAGCCCGCUCUCUGACCCCGAUGUGCAGAUCACGGGCAACAACAUCAUGCUAGUAGCCUCCCAGCCAGCGCUGCAGGGCCCCGAGAGGAGCUACGAGAUCGUGUUCCGAGAGGAAUUCUGGCGCCGGCCCGAUGGGCAGCCGGCCACACGCGAGCACCUCCUGAUGGCACUGGCCGACCUGGAUGAGCUCCUGAUCCGGGCCACGUUCUCCUCCGUGCCGCUGGCGGCCAGCAUCAGCGCAGUCAGCCUGGAGGUCGCCCAGCCGGGGCCCUCAAACGGACCCCGCGCCCUUGAGGUGGAGGAGUGCCGCUGCCCGCCAGGCUACAUAGGUCUGUCCUGCCAGGACUGUGCCCCCGGCUACACGCGCACCGGGAGUGGGCUCUACCUCGGCCACUGCGAGCUAUGUGAAUGCAAUGGCCACUCAGACCUGUGCCACCCAGAGACUGGGGCCUGCUCGCAAUGCCAGCACAACGCCGCAGGGGAGUUCUGCGAGCUUUGUGCCCCUGGCUACUACGGAGAUGCCACAGCCGGGACGCCUGAGGACUGCCAGCCUUGUGCCUGCCCACUGACCAACCCAGAGAACAUGUUUUCCCGCACCUGUGAGAGCCUGGGAGCCGGCGGGUACCGCUGCACGGCCUGCGAACCCGGCUACACCGGCCAGUACUGUGAGCAGUGUGGCCCAGGUUACGUGGGUAACCCCAGUGUGCAAGGGGGCCGGUGCCUGCCAGAGACAAACCAAGCCCCACUGGUGGUUGAGGUCCAUCCUGCUCGAAGCAUAGUGCCCCAAGGUGGCUCCCACUCCCUGCGGUGCCAGGUCAGUGGGAGCCCACCCCACUACUUCUAUUGGUCCCGUGAGGAUGGGCGGCCUGUGCCCAGCGGCACCCAGCAGCGACAUCAAGGCUCCGAGCUCCACUUCCCCAGCGUCCAGCCCUCGGAUGCUGGGGUCUACAUUUGCACCUGCCGUAAUCUCCACCAAUCCAAUACCAGCCGGGCAGAGCUGCUGGUCACUGAGGCUCCAAGCAAGCCCAUCACAGUGACAGUGGAGGAGCAGCGGAGCCAGAGCGUGCGCCCCGGAGCUGACGUCACCUUCAUCUGCACAGCCAAAAGCAAGUCCCCAGCCUAUACCCUGGUGUGGACCCGCCUGCACAACGGGAAACUGCCCACCCGAGCCAUGGAUUUCAAUGGCAUCCUGACCAUUCGCAACGUCCAGCUGAGUGAUGCAGGCACCUACAUGUGCACCGGCUCCAACAUGUUUGCCAUGGACCAGGGCACAGCCACUCUACAUGUGCAGGCCGCAGGCACCUUUUCCGCCCCCGUGGUCUCCAUCCAUCCGCCACAGCUCACAGUGCAGCCCGGGCAACUGGCGGAGUUCCGCUGCAGCGCCACAGGGAGCCCCACGCCCACCCUCGAGUGGACAGGGGGCCCCGGCGGCCAGCUCCCUGCGAAGGCACAAAUCCACGGCGGCAUCCUGCGCCUGCCAGCCGUCGAGCCCACGGAUCAGGCCCAGUACUUGUGCCGAGCCCACAGCAGCGCUGGGCAGCAGGUGGCCAGGGCUGUGCUCCACGUGCAUGGGGGCGGUGGGCCCAGAGUCCAAGUGAGCCCAGAGAGGACCCAGGUCCACAAAGGCCGCACCGUCAGGCUGUACUGCAGGGCUGCAGGCGUGCCUAGCGCCACCAUCACCUGGAGGAAGGAAGGGGGCAGCCUCCCACCACAGGCCCGGUCAGAGCGCACAGACAUCGCGACACUGCUCAUCCCAGCCAUCACGACUGCUGACGCCGGCUUCUACCUCUGCGUGGCCACCAGCCCCGCAGGCACUGCCCAGGCCCGGAUCCAAGUGGUUGUCCUUUCAGCCUCAGAUGCCAGCCCACCGCCGGUCAAGAUUGAGUCCUCAUCGCCUUCUGUGACAGAAGGGCAAACACUCGACCUCAACUGUGUGGUGGCAGGGUCAGCCCAUGCCCAGGUCACCUGGUACAGGCGAGGGGGUAGCCUGCCUCCCCACACCCAGGUCCACGGCUCCCGUCUGCGGCUCCCCCAGGUCUCACCAGCUGAUUCUGGAGAAUAUGUGUGCCGUGUGGAGAAUGGAUCGGGCCCCAAGGAGGCCUCCAUUACUGUGUCUGUCCUCCACGGCACCCAUUCUGGCCCCAGCUACACCCCAGUGCCCGGCAGCACCCAGCCCAUCCGCAUCGAGCCCUCCUCCUCACACGUGGCUGAAGGGCAGACCCUGGAUCUGAACUGCGUGGUGCCUGGGCAGGCCCACGCCCAGGUCACGUGGCACAAGCGUGGGGGCAGCCUCCCCGCCCGGCACCAGACCCACGGCUCGCUGCUGCGGCUGCACCAGGUGACCCCGGCCGACUCAGGCGAGUAUGUGUGCCGUGUGGUGGGCACCUCCGGCCCCCUAGAGGCCUCAGUCCUGGUCACCAUCGAAGCCUCUGUCAUCCCUGGACCCGUCCCACCUGUCAGGAUCGAGUCUUCAUCCUCCACAGUGGCUGAGGGGCAGACCCUGGAUCUGAGCUGUGUGGUGGCAGGGCAGGCCCAUGCCCAGGUCACAUGGUACAAGCGUGGGGGCAGCCUCCCUGCCCGUCACCAGGUUCGUGGCUCCCGCCUGUACAUCUUCCAGGCCUCACCUGCCGAUGCGGGACAGUACGUCUGCCGGGCCAGCAACGGCAUGGAGGCCUCCAUCACGGUCACAGUAACUGGGACCCAGGGGGCCAACUUAGCCUACCCUGCCGGCAGCACUCAGCCCAUCCGCAUUGAGCCCUCCUCCUCACAAGUGGCCGAAGGGCAGACCCUGGAUCUGAACUGCGUGGUGCCCGGGCAGUCCCAUGCCCAGGUCACAUGGCACAAGCGUGGGGGCAGCCUCCCUGUCCGGCACCAGACCCACGGCUCCCUGCUGAGACUCUACCAAGUGUCCCCCGCCGACUCAGGCGAGUACGUGUGCCGAGUGUUGGGCAGCUCCGUGCCUCUAGAGGCCUCUGUCCUCGUCACCAUUGAGCCUGCGGGCUCGGUGCCUGCACUUGGGGUCACCCCCACAGUCCGGAUCGAGUCAUCAUCUUCGCAUGUGGCUGAAGGGCAGACCCUGGAUCUGAACUGCCUCGUUGCUGGUCAGGCCCAUGCCCAGGUUACAUGGCACAAGCGUGGGGGCAGCCUCCCGGCCCGGCACCAGGUGCAUGGCUCGAGGCUACGCCUGCUCCAGGUGACCCCAGCUGAUUCAGGGGAGUACGUGUGCCGUGUGGUCGGCAGCUCAGGUACCCAGGAAGCCUCAGUCCUUGUCACCAUCCAGCAGCGCCUUAGUGGCUCCCACUCCCAGGGUGUGGCGUACCCCGUCCGCAUCGAGUCCUCCUCAGCCUCCCUGGCCAAUGGACACACCCUGGACCUCAACUGCCUGGUUGCCAGCCAGGCUCCCCACACCAUCACCUGGUAUAAGCGUGGAGGCAGCUUACCCAGCCGGCACCAGAUCGUGGGCUCCCGGCUGCGGAUCCCUCAGGUGACUCCGGCAGACUCGGGCGAGUACGUGUGUCACGUCAGUAACGGUGCAGGCUCCCGGGAGACCUCGCUCAUCGUCACCAUCCAGGGCAGCGGUUCCUCCCACGUGCCCAGCGUCUCCCCACCAAUCAGGAUCGAGUCCUCUUCCCCCACGGUGGUGGAAGGGCAGACCUUGGAUCUGAACUGCGUGGUCGCCAGGCAGCCCCAGGCUAUCAUCACAUGGUACAAGCGUGGGGGCAGCCUUCCCUCCCGACACCAGACCCAUGGCUCCCACCUGCGGUUGCACCAAAUGUCUGUGGCUGACUCGGGCGAGUAUGUGUGCCGGGCCAACAACAACAUCGAUGCCCUGGAGGCCUCCAUUGUCGUCUCCGUCUCCCCUAGCGCUGGCAGCCCCUCCGCUCCUGGCAGUUCCAUGCCCAUCAGAAUUGAGUCAUCAUCCUCACACGUGGCUGAAGGGCAGACCCUGGAUCUGAACUGCGUGGUCCCCGGGCAGGCCCAUGCCCAGGUCACUUGGCACAAGCGUGGGGGCAGCCUCCCCAGUCACCAUCAGACCCACGGCUCACGGCUGCGGCUGCACCAGGUGUCCCCGGCCGACUCGGGUGAAUACGUGUGCCGGGUGAUGGGCAGCUCUGGCCCCCUGGAGGCCUCAGUCCUGGUCACCAUCGAAGCCUCUGGCUCAAGUGCUGUCCACGUCCCCGCCCCAGGUGAAGCCCCACCCAUCCGCAUCGAGACCUCCUCCUCCCGAGUGGCCGAAGGGCAGACCCUGGAUCUGAAGUGCGUGGUGCCCGGGCAGGCCCACGCCCAGGUCACGUGGCACAAGCGUGGAGGAAACCUCCCUGCCCGGCACCAGGUCCACGGCCCACUGCUGAGGCUGAACCAGGUGUCCCCGGCUGACUCUGGCGAGUACUCGUGCCAAGUGACCGGAAGCUCAGGCACCCUGGAGGCAUCUGUCCUGGUCACAAUUGAGCCCUCCAGCCCAGGACCCAUUCCUGCUCCAGGACUGGCCCAGCCCAUCUACAUCGAGGCCUCCUCUUCAUACGUGACUGAAGGGCAGACUCUGGAUCUCAACUGUGUGGUGCCCGGGCAGGCCCAUGCCCAGGUCACGUGGUACAAGCGCGGGGGCAGCCUCCCCGCCCGGCACCAGACCCAUGGCUCCCAGCUGCGGCUCCACCACGUCUCCCCUGCCGACUCAGGCGAGUAUGUGUGUCGUGCAGCCGGCGGCCCAGGCCCUGAGCAAGAAGCCUCCUUCACAGUCACCGUCCCGCCCAGUGAGGGGUCUUCCUACCGCCUUAGGAGCCCGGUCAUCUCCAUCGACCCGCCCAGCAGCACCGUGCAGCAGGGCCAGGAUGCCAGCUUCAAGUGCCUCAUCCAUGAUGGGGCAGCCCCCAUCAGCCUCGAGUGGAAGACCCGGAACCAGGAGCUGGAGGACAACGUCCACAUCAGUCCCAAUGGCUCCAUCAUCACCAUCGUGGGCACCCGGCCCAGCAACCACGGUACCUACCGCUGCGUGGCCUCCAAUGCCUACGGUGUGGCCCAGAGUGUGGUGAACCUCAGUGUGCACGGGCCCCCUACAGUGUCCGUGCUCCCCGAGGGCCCCGUGUGGGUGAAAGUGGGAAAGGCUGUCACCCUGGAGUGUGUCAGUGCCGGGGAGCCCCGCUCCUCUGCUCGUUGGACCCGGAUCAGCAGCACCCCUGCCAAGUUGGAGCAGCGGACAUAUGGGCUCAUGGACAGCCACGCGGUGCUGCAGAUUUCAUCAGCUAAACCAUCAGAUGCGGGCACUUAUGUGUGCCUUGCUCAGAAUGCACUAGGCACAGCACAGAAGCAGGUGGAGUUGAUCGUGGACACGGGCGCCAUGGCCCCAGGGGCCCCUCAGGUCCAAGCUGAAGAAGCUGAGCUGACUGUGGAGGCUGGACACACGGCCACCUUGCGCUGCUCAGCCACAGGCAGCCCCGCGCCCACCAUCCACUGGUCCAAGCUGCGUUCCCCACUGCCCUGGCAGCACCGGCUGGAAGGUGACACACUCAUCAUACCCCGGGUAGCCCAGCAGGACUCGGGCCAGUACAUCUGCAAUGCCACUAGCCCUGCCGGGCACGCUGAGGCCACCAUCAUCCUGCACGUGGAGAGCCCACCAUAUGCCACCACGGUCCCAGAGCACGCUUCGGUGCAGGCAGGGGAGACGGUGCAGCUCCAGUGCCUGGCUCACGGGACACCCCCACUCACCUUCCAGUGGAGCCGCGUGGGCAGCAGCCUUCCUGGGAGGGCGACCGCCAGGAACGAGCUGCUGCACUUUGAGCGUGCAGCCCCUGAGGACUCAGGCCGCUACCGCUGCCGGGUCACCAACAAGGUGGGCUCAGCCGAGGCCUUUGCCCAGCUGCUCGUCCAAGGCCCUCCCAGCUCUCUCCCUGCCACCUCCAUCCCAGCAGGGUCCACGCCCACCGUGCAGGUCACGCCUCAGCUAGAGACCAAGAGCAUUGGGGCCAGCGUUGAGUUCCACUGUGCUGUGCCCAGCGACCGGGGUACCCAGCUCCGUUGGUUCAAGGAAGGGGGCCAGCUGCCUCCGGGUCACAGCGUGCAGGAUGGGGUGCUCCGAAUCCAGAACUUGGACCAGAGCUGCCAAGGGACGUAUAUAUGCCAGGCCCAUGGACCUUGGGGGAAGGCCCAGGCCAGUGCCCAGCUGGUUGUCCAAGCCCUGCCCUCGGUGCUCAUCAACAUCCGGACCUCUGUGCAGACUGUGGUGGUUGGCCACGCGGUGGAGUUCGAAUGCCUGGCACUGGGUGACCCCAAGCCUCAGGUGACAUGGAGCAAAGUUGGAGGGCACCUGCGGCCAGGCAUUGUGCAGAGCGGAGGUGUCGUCAGGAUCGCCCACGUAGAGCUGGCUGAUGCGGGACAGUAUCGCUGCACUGCCACCAACGCAGCUGGCACCACACAAUCCCACGUCCUGCUGCUUGUGCAAGCCUUGCCCCAGAUCUCAAUGCCCCAAGAAGUCCGUGUGCCUGCUGGUUCUGCAGCUGUCUUCCCCUGCAUAGCCUCAGGCUACCCCACUCCUGACAUCAGCUGGAGCAAGCUGGAUGGCAGUCUGCCACCUGACAGCCGCCUGGAGAACAACAUGCUGAUGCUGCCCUCAGUCCAACCCCAGGACGCAGGUACCUACGUCUGCACCGCCACUAACCGCCAGGGCAAGGUCAAAGCCUUUGCCCACCUGCAGGUGCCAGAGCGGGUGGUGCCCUACUUCACGCAGACCCCCUACUCCUUCCUACCACUGCCCACCAUCAAGGAUGCCUACAGGAAGUUCGAGAUCAAGAUCACCUUCCGGCCCGACUCAGCCGAUGGGAUGCUGCUGUACAACGGGCAGAAGCGAGUCCCAGGGAGCCCCACCAACCUGGCCAACCGGCAGCCCGACUUCAUCUCCUUCGGCCUCGUGGGGGGAAGGCCCGAGUUCCGGUUCGAUGCAGGCUCAGGCAUGGCCACCAUCCGCCACCCCACACCACUGGCCCUGGGCCAUUUCCACACCGUGACCCUGCUGCGCAGCCUCACCCAGGGCUCCCUGAUUGUGGGUGACCUGGCCCCGGUCAACGGGACCUCCCAGGGCAAGUUCCAGGGCCUGGACCUGAACGAGGAACUCUACCUGGGUGGCUACCCUGACUAUGGUGCCAUCCCCAAGGCGGGGCUGAGCAGUGGCUUCAUAGGCUGUGUGCGGGAGCUGCGCAUCCAGGGCGAGGAGAUCGUCUUCCAUGAUCUCAACCUCACGGCGCACGGCAUCUCCCACUGCCCCACCUGUCGGGACCGGCCCUGCCAGAAUGGCGGUCAGUGCCAUGACUCUGAGAGCAGCAGCUACGUGUGCGUCUGCCCAGCUGGCUUCACCGGGAGCCGCUGUGAGCACUCGCAGGCCCUGCACUGCCAUCCAGAGGCCUGUGGGCCCGACGCCACCUGUGUGAACCGGCCUGACGGUCGAGGCUACACCUGCCGCUGCCACCUGGGCCGCUCGGGGUUGCGGUGUGAGGAAGGUGUGACAGUGACCACCCCUUCGCUGUCGGGUGCUGGCUCCUACCUGGCACUGCCCGCCCUCACCAACACACACCACGAGCUACGCCUGGACGUGGAGUUCAAGCCACUCGCCCCUGACGGGGUCCUGCUGUUCAGCGGGGGGAAGAGCGGGCCUGUGGAGGACUUCGUGUCCCUGGCGAUGGUGGGCGGCCACCUGGAGUUCCGCUAUGAGUUAGGGUCAGGGCUGGCCGUUCUGCGGAGCGCCGAGCCGCUGGCCCUAGGCCGCUGGCACCGCGUGUCUGCAGAGCGUCUCAACAAGGACGGCAGCCUGCGGGUGAAUGGGGGACGCCCUGUGCUGCGCUCCUCGCCCGGCAAGAGCCAGGGCCUCAACCUGCACACCCUGCUCUACCUGGGGGGUGUGGAGCCUUCCGUGCCACUGUCCCCAGCCACCAACAUGAGCGCUCACUUCCGCGGCUGUGUGGGCGAGGUGUCAGUGAAUGGCAAACGGCUGGACCUCACCUACAGUUUCCUAGGCAGCCAGGGCAUCGGGCAAUGCUAUGACAGCUCCCCAUGUGAGCGCCAGCCUUGCCAACAUGGUGCCACGUGCAUGCCCGCUGGCGAGUAUGAGUUCCAGUGCCUGUGUCGAGAUGGAUUCAAAGGAGACCUGUGUGAGCACGAGGAGAACCCCUGCCAGCUCCGUGAACCCUGUCUGCAUGGGGGCACCUGCCAGGGCACCCGCUGCCUCUGCCUCCCUGGCUUCUCUGGCCCACGCUGCCAACAAGGCUCUGGACAUGGCAUAGCAGAGUCCGACUGGCAUCUUGAAGGCAGCGGGGGCAAUGAUGCCCCUGGGCAGUACGGAGCCUAUUUCCACGAUGAUGGCUUCCUUGCCUUCCCUGGCCGUGUCUUCUCCAGGAGCCUGCCCGAGGUGCCCGAGACCAUCGAGCUGGAGGUUCGGACCAGCACAGCCAGUGGCCUCCUGCUCUGGCAGGGUGUGGAGGUGGGAGAGGCCGGCCAAGGCAAGGACUUCAUCAGCCUCGGGCUUCAAGAUGGGCACCUUGUCUUCAGGUACCAGCUGGGUAGUGGGGAGGCCCGCCUGGUCUCUGAGGACCCCAUCAAUGACGGCGAGUGGCACCGGGUGACAGCACUGCGGGAGGGCCGCAGAGGUUCCAUCCAAGUCGACGGUGAGGAGCUGGUCAGCGGCCGGUCCCCAGGUCCCAACGUGGCAGUCAACGCCAAGGGCAGCGUCUACAUCGGCGGAGCCCCUGACGUGGCCACGCUGACCGGGGGCAGAUUCUCCUCGGGCAUCACAGGCUGUGUCAAGAACCUGGUGCUGCACUCGGCCCGACCCGGCGCCCCGCCCCCACAGCCCCUGGACCUGCAGCACCGCGCCCAGGCAGGGGCCAACACACGCCCCUGCCCCUCGUAGGCACCUGCCUGCCCCACACGGACUCCCGGGCCACGCCCCAGCCCGACAAUGUCGAGUAUAUUAUUAUUAAUAUUAUUAUGAAUUUUUGUAAGAAACCGAGGCGAUGCCACGCUUUGCUGCUACCGCCCUGGGCUGGACUGGAGGUGGGCAUGCCACCCUCACACACACAGCUGGGCAAAGCCACAAGGCUGGCCGGCAAGGCAGGUUGGAUGGGAGUGGGCACCUCAGAAAGUCACCAGGACUUGGGGUCAGGAACAGUGGCUGGGUGGGCCCAGAACUGCCCCCACUGUCCCCCUACCCACCGAUGGAGCCCCCAGAUAGAGCUGGGUGGCCUGUUUCUGCAGCCCUUGGGCAGUUCUCACUCCUAGGAGAGCCAACCUCGGCUUGUGGGCUGGUGCCCCACAGCUACCUGAGACGGGCAUCGCAGGAGUCUCUGCCACCCACUCAGGAUUGGGAAUUGUCUUUAGUGCCGGCUGUGGAGCAAAAGGCAGCUCACCCCUGGGCAGGCGGUCCCCAUCCCCACCAGCUCGUUUUUCAGCACCCCCACCCACCUCCACCCAGCCCCUGGCACCUCCUCUGGCAGCCUCCCCCUCCUACCACGUCCUCCUGGCCUGCAUUCCCACCCCCUCCUGCCAGCACACAGCCUGGGGUCCCUCCCUCAGGGGCUGUAAGGGAAGGCCCACCCCAACUCUUACCAGGAGCUGCUACAGGCAGAGCCCAGCACUGAUAGGGCCCCGCCCACCCCAGGCCACAUCCCCACCCAUCUGGAAGUGAAGGCCCAGGGACUCCUCCAACAGACAACGGACGGAUGCCGCUGGUGCUCAGGAAGAGCUAGUGCCUUAGGUGGGGGAAGGCAGGACUCACGACUGAGAGAGAGAGGAGGGGGAUAUGACCACCCUGCCCCAUCUGCAGGAGCCUGAAGAUCCAGCUCAAGUGCCAUCCUGCCAGUGGCCCCCAGACUGUGGGGUUGGGACGCCUGGCCUCUGUGUCCUAGAAGGGACCCUCCUGUGGUCUUUGUCUUGAUUUUUCUUAAUAAACGGUGCUAUCCCCGC